UUUUCCCUUCCAACAGACAUCCUUGGUCAAUACAACAAAACAUCUUUUUUAUUUUUUCUUUUUCUUCUUCUUAUCUUUUCUUUUCUAUCAUGAUCCUCAAGUCCAUUAUUAAUCUCCUAGCUCUUGUGGCCACAGCCACGACUGUCUUGGCUGAUGGUGCUGCCAUUCCUCCAAGUGUUGAUGCCACUCCUGCCACUCCUGCCACUCCUGCCGCUCCUGCCCCUCCCAGCACUGGCUCCACCACCCUGGAUGCUCCUGGCGGUAACAAAAGCCCAAGUGGGCCUCCAGAUCAUAUCUCGUUCACACAACCCGUAGGUGACGGUAUCGCCUAUGCUGCUGGUACGAACCAGACCUUCUCCUGGUCCAUGGCCUGUACUCCGCCCUCUACCUUGGUCUCUGCAACACCGAACGAGACAGAGGUUGAUUUCAUGGACUCGAACAACAUCGACAACGCAUUCUAUGUCAAGAAGGUCGGAACCAUUGAUUGUACAAAGAUGGUCGGGAAUCUCGUCUGGACCGUUCCCGCAGAUACCAAGGCCGGUACCUAUGCCCUCCAAUUGCUCCUGUCUCCCAAAAACGCGUAUUCCGGUCGAUUCCAGGUGAAGGCCCCAGGAGAGACCGGCAGUACUAAUACGAAUGUAAACUCAAAGGCCGUUGGCACUACCACAUCCGGCGCUAAUACCAACAUGAUCGGAUCUACUGUUGUGACCAUCGUCCUUGCUGUUGUUGCUGGAGUUGCCUUGGUACUCUAG